ACGCUUUAAAUCUGAACUUGUUAUUUUAAUCCUUCUCCAUUCAUUUUUCCUAUAUCCUUUGAUUUCUAUUAUAAAAUGAAUCCUGAAUACAUUGAACAAAUCAGUAACAGUUGGUGGCCUUAUAUAAUAUCAUUUUUUAUAGUUGUAAUUUCAGUAAUUCGAAAUUAUAUGGGUGGCCCACAGUGUCCAUCAAAAACACGUAUGGAUGGGAAAACUGUGUUAAUAACAGGUGCUUCUGGAGGAAUAGGUUUUGAAACUGCGAAAGAAUUAGCCGCUCGAGGUGCAACCGUUAUUUUAACUUGUCGCAAUUUUGAAAACGGUCAAAAAGCAACUGCAAAAAUAAAAAGGUACUGUCGACAAGCGAAAAUUGAUGUAAAAUUAUUAGAUGUAUCCGAUAUGAGCGCUAUUCGACGAUUUUCUGUUUUAAUGAAACAAAACUAUAAAAAAAUCGACGUGCUUAUUAACAACGCUGGGAUUGUUUUUCACCCUUUUAAAUGGACUUCAGAAGGUUUUGAAUUAACUUUAGCCACAAAUUAUUUAGGACCGUUUUUAUUAACGCAUAUGUUGCUACCUUUAUUAAAAAAAUCGGAUAACGGACGAAUAAUUAAUUUAACUUCAGUCGCACAUUCUUCAGGACGAAUUAAUUUGAACGAUAUGAAUUUGGAAAAAAGGUUUCUCGAAAGGGACGCUUUUAGUCAAAGCAAAUUAGCUUUGAUUUUAUUUACAAGACACGUUGCAAAGAUAUUAAAAGAUACGCGAGUAACAAUAAAUUGUGUUAAUCCUGGAAUUGUUAGAAACACUAAACAUUUAAAAAAUUCUCCUUUUGGAGCUGGAUUUAUGGCAAAAGUUUCAACGUAUCCUUGGGUUUGGUUAUUUUUAAAAACACCCAAACAAGGUGCUCAAACUGUUAUUUUUGCUGCUACAGAUCCGAUUUUAAUGAAUGUUACUGGAGAAUAUUUAAGUGAUUGUGAAAUAAGGGAACCUGGAUAUACAGCCCAAAAUGCUUACAUAGCCGAACAACUCUAUGAUAAAACUUGUUCAAUGUUACAAUUGGAGAAAAAAUUAAUAUCUGAGUUGGGAUCACAAAUGUAUUAAUUAAAAUAUCUUGUACAUUGUAAAAUAAACAUUUAAAUGUUUAAUCUUGUCCAUUUUUCACUAACAGCCCAUAACCAAACGCUCAUAUCAUCAU